AUGUCGAUCAUUGUCAAGACUGAACGUGAAUCGCUAGGGAAUACCACAUUGUCGUUCUUGGCUCAGGUCUGUAUACUUUACAAACAUCCUACAGAAUCGUGUGCUGACACCUUUGCAGGUGGUGUCGGAAAAAGUUGCUUGACAGGUAUCUUGCGAUCAAGCAGUCCAUCAUUGAAUAUGACUGACAUCCUGAAAANNGCACAAUUCGUACAAGGUAUCUGGAUCGAACGAUAUGAUCCGACUAUCGAAGAUUCCUACCGCAAGCAAUGCGAUGUCGAUGGUCGACAAGUAAUUCUCGAGAUCCUGGACACGGCUGGAACGGAACAAUUCAGUAAGGAACUCUACAUGAAAUCCGGCCAAGGCUUCCUCCUCGUCUUCAGCAUAACCUCAUCCUCCUCUCUAAAAGAACUCUCCGAACUCCGCGACCAACUCGUAAACCUCAAAGACGAUCCACACGUCCCGAUCGUACUCGUCGGCAACAAGUCCGACUUGGAAGAGGACCGCGCAGUGUCUCGAGCAGCUGCCUUUGCCGUGUCAUCUGGUUGGGGAAACGUGCCUUACUACGAGGCUUCAGCGAGGACACGGCAGAACGUCACAGAAGUGUUUGUGGAUGUGUGCAGGCAGAUUAUGCACAAGGAUCUGCAGAACGGAAGGGUUGGGACCAGUCAUGGAGGUGAGGAGAGGAGUAGGCGGAGGAGGGAGGAGGAUGGUGGGGAGGGGGAUAGGAAGAAGGGCCGCAGGCGUAAUAAG